UUCAAGCUCAGAUCUCUCUCUCUCUCUCUCUCUCUUCUGCAACUUACCUCUCUUUGAAUCCAAGUCUUCCUCCAUUUAUUACUUCUUACUUCACUCUCAUACUCUCUCUGAAGACUCAUGCUGCUUCAGUAAUUUGCGAAUUCGGAUUUACUCAAACCCUAACCGCUGAUGAAACUGCAAUUCUACUUCAAUCGUUCUUGGACGACUUCUCUGUUUCUAUGACUUAAAUUUGUGCUACUACACUUUUUGGAAGGAUGAUGAAGCGGUUUACUUCGUUUCAUUUUACUGUAUUGCUAUAUUUGGUGCACAUUGUCUUACAAUCUGACUCUCUUGUACCAGAAGAAAAAUUAGCUCUUACGAAAUUUAAGGAAGCUAUAUACGAGGAUCCAUCUCAUGCUUUGUCAAAUUGGAACGUUCUGGAAGAUCAUUGUGAUUGGUUAGGAGUUUCUUGUUUUGUAAGCCGAGAUCAUGUCCAAAUCCUGAAUAUUUCGUGGUCAUCCUUGAAGGGAUUUCUUGCACCAGAGCUGGAGAAACUAUCUUACUUGCAAACACUAAUUUUGCAUGGAAACACGCUGAUCGGCACCAUCCCCAAAGAAAUUGGAAUGCUGAAAUACCUAGAGAUCUUGGAUUUGGGGAAGAAUCAGCUGACAGGACCAAUUCCUCGUGAGCUUGGGAAUCUAGCUAACCUUGUAAAGAUUAACCUGCAAUCCAAUGGUUUGACUGGGAGCUUACCAUCUGAGUUAACUAGGUUAAAAAACCUUACAGAACUCAGGCUCGAUAGGAACAGGCUUUUGGGAAGUGUUCCUGGAAACAAUCAGUCAGACUCAACAGAAAAGUAUGCAUCAAGUCUAAAUGCUACUGGUUUCUGCGGUUCAUCUCAGUUGAAAGCUGCAGAUUUUUCAUACAACUUCUUUACUGGGAGCAUUCCAAAAUGCUUGGGUUACUUGCCAAGCUCAAGCUUCCAAGGGAACUGCCUUCAGCACAAUCAUAUCAAACAGCGUUCUUCAGCACAAUGCGCUGUUCGUCCACCUCCCAGUAGCCUCCCGGUGUUCUCAAAACACCCAUCUCGGGAUUUAAUAAAGCAUUCAAAGGCUUCAAGACCUCCUCCUGCUUCUAAACCUAGAUGGGUAUUGGCCAUAGAAAUUGUAACUGGAACAAUGGCAGGUUCCAUUUGCCUUGUUGCUAUUUUGACAGCAGUUCAGAGAUUUAAAAGUAAGUCUUCAAUCAUUAUUCCCUGGAAGAAGUCAGCAAGCACUAGGGAUCACUUGGCAAUUUACGUUGAUACGGAAAUGUUGAAGCAAGUAAUGAAAUUUAGCAGAGAUGAACUUGAGAUAGCAUGUGAGGACUUCAGUAAUAUUAUUGGAUCUUCUGUAGAUAGCCAUGUCUAUAAGGGAACUUUGAAAGGCGGUCCAGAGAUUGCUGUUAUAUCCCUUUCCAUAAAAGAAGAACACUGGACUGGCUAUCUUGAACUUUAUUUUCAGAGAGAGGUGGUGGAAUCAGCUAGAUUAAAUCAUGAGAAUAUCGGAAAACUUCUUGGUUAUUGUAGGGAGAGUUCGCCAUUCACGAGGAUGCUGGUUUUUGAAUAUGCAUCCAACGGAACUCUGUAUGAGCACCUCCAUUACGAAGAAGGAUGCCAGUUUUCUUGGACACGACGAAUGAAGAUAAUAAUAGGAAUUGCUAAAGGACUCAAAUAUCUACACAAGGAAAUCGACCCACCAUUCACUAUAUCUGAGCUUAACUCAAGUGCCGUAUAUCUUACAGACGAUUUUUCUCCAAAGCUAGUUGAUUUUGAAAGCUGGAAGAGUAUUCGUUCGAGUUCCAUAAAGAACUCUGGCUCCAUGGCCACCAAAGGCCCUGUAUGCCUUCUUCGGAAUUCCGUGGAGGCACGCGAUCUCUAUGUGGAAGGGAAUAUUUAUGCCUUUGGUUUACUUAUGUUGGAAAUAAUCAGUGGAAGGCCUCCAUAUUGCGAGGAUAAGGGCGGACGGCUAGUGGAUUGGGCUAAGGAUUACAUGGAGAAGCCUGAAGAAAUGAAGCAUCUUGUUGAUCCAGAGAUUAAACAUUUCCUCGAAGAAGACCUAGAAGUUAUAUGCGACGCAAUUAAACGCAGCAUCCAUCCGGAUCCUUGGAAACGAGCAUCCAUGGAAGAACUAAGCAGUUAUCUGGAGAGCAAAAUCGACACUUCUGUGUCAUCAGAGCUUAUUAAGUCAUCUUCUUUGGCUUGGGCUGAACUAGCUCUUUCACCUGACGAGUUUCAAAGCUAACCCCUAGUGUGUUUGUGUCUGUUUCUGUACAUUAUUAUUAUUAUUAUUAUUAAUUGAUUAACUUGUUGCAAUAUCUAUAUAUUUCUAUUUUUUAUUUUUGUUGUUUGUUAAUGGACAGACAAUCUGUUAAUGUUACGGCUAAGCAUAGUUAAUUCCUCUCAUAGAUUUAAUGUAUUAUUUGUUUAGGGUAUUGUUGCUGAAACAGAUAUAAAUAUUUUAAUUAUUAUAUUUAUCUUAACUUUAUAUUCUA